AUGACGGUGGGGUGCGUGCUGGUCGACCACGUGGCGCCACGGCUCGCGGUGGCCUCGGCCGCGCUCGUGGGUGCCCGGGAGGUGAUCGCGGCGGCUGCCGCCGCGGGCGCGGGGGGAAGCGGCGCGGCGCACGGCGCCGUGGCGUCGACGCUUGCGCAGGUCGCUGUCACGGCCGUGGCGAUUGCAUCGGGGGCGUGCCUCUCAACCAAAGUCGACUUCCUCUGGCCUCGCAUCGAGCAGUUGCCAGACACUCUUAUAUUUGAAGGAGUGGAGGUGACAGGAUACCAGAUAUUUGAGGAUCCAAAGGCUGUUAACACAGUUGUGGCUGGCAUUCUUCACGAUGUUGUUUGUGAUACAUCAGAGAGCUUGAAGAGCAUAGAAGAGCAGUUUGGGGAUGAUGUUGCUAGCUUGGUAUCUGGUGUAUCAAAAUUAAGCUACAUAAACCAGCUACUUCGCAGGCAUCGACAAAAAAAUACCGGUGGGAGCACUCUUACUUCAGAAGAAGCAAAUAAUCUACGUGUUAUGUUAUUGGGGAUGGUUGAUGAUCCUCGUGUGGUGCUCAUCAAGCUGGCAGAUCGCUUGCACAAUAUGCGGACAAUUUAUGCUCUUCCUGUACCUAAAGCUGAAGCUGUUGCUCAAGAGACACUGGCUGUCUGGUGCUCACUUGCUUCUCGAUUGGGAGUCUGGGCUUUGAAAGCUGAGCUGGAAGAUUUAUGCUUUGCUGUCCUUCAGCCUCAAAUCUUCAAGAAAAUACGAUCUGAACUUACUUUAAUGUGGAGUCAUACUGGAAAAUCUAAAAAUAUGAGAAGAUCAUCAAUUCGAAACGAAUUGCUUGCCUCAAUGAAAGAUGGCCAUAUGACGUCCAUCAAUGAUUUGUUUAGUUCUUGCAACCAAGAAAAAACAAAUAUGAAGGACCUAUUGCAGGCAAUUUUGCCAUUUGACAUCUUUUUAGAUCGGAAGAGGCGUUCAUACUUCCUUAGGAAUCUCAAUAGUAAUUCUGGAGAGUCUAUACCAAAUCCUAAGAUAGUUGACGAUGCUGCUGUUGCAUUAGCAUCUUUAGCAUCUUGUGAGGAAGAACUUGAGCGAGAAUUGCUCAUAUCAACAUCGUACAUACCUGGGAUGGAAGUGACUUUGUCGAGUAGACUCAAGAGCUUGUACAGUUUCUACUGCAAGAUGAAAAGAAAGGAUAAAGGACUUAGGCAAGUGUAUGAUGCUCGUGCAUUGAGGGUGAUUGUCGGAGACAAAAAUGGUGCCAUGCAUGGACCUGCUGUCCGGAGUUGUUACAGCAUCCUUGAUAUAGUACACAGGCUAUGGACUCCAAUUGAUGGGGAGUUUGAUGACUACAUUAUCAAUCCUAAGGGUAGCGGUUACCGAAUUGGCAACACAAGUCACUCCACACAGCAGUUCAGGCAUCUGAUAGCUCACCACUGGAGGUCCAGAUUAGAACCCAGGUCUCUUCACAGCGUAAUGCAUGAGUAUGCAGAACAUGGACUUGCUGCUCAUUGGCUGUAUAAGGAGAGCAAAGUUGAGUACAGAAGUAGCAUGAGUAAGAGAAUAAGCCAAAGUACAUCAUAUUCAUCUAGUUCUUCAGAAGAUGAAAGUUCUAUACAGGAUGAUAUCCCAUCAAAGUACAGUUCUAUGAAAGUGGGGCAUCCAGUGCUAAGAAUUGAAGGUUGUGACUUACUAGCAGCUGUCAUAGUCAGUAUAGAUAAAGGAGGAAAGGAAUUGAUUGUUGCUGUUUCUGAAAAGUGGUGGUGUGCACCUGGACAUGGUGACUGGUCAACAAAUCUGGAGAGGUACACACUAUGCCAGGAUGGAAUAUUUCAUAAGCAAGACCAAUUUGGGAGACUUUUACCUACAUUUCUUCAAAUAAUUGAUUUGACGGAAGAGGAAGAGGAAGAGUAUUGGAUGGUUGUGUCUGCCAUAUUUGAGGGCAAAGAAACUUGCAGUCUACCAUCUGAAUCAAGUUAUGCUGAUAAAUCAUCUGAACCUCCAAGUUCUACUCCAUUAAGUGAUCCCAUCAACAAUAAGGUGCAUUUGCUCAGAACCAUGCUUCAAUGGGAGGAGCAAGUUCGCCGUGGCGCAUCUUUGGCAGAGAAAAGUCUCGGUGUAAACACCUGCACAAAACCAAUCCUGCGUGAGGUGGCCAUAAUAUUCUGGCCUAGUGGCAAGAUUAUGAGAAUGAGCACUGGUAGCACAGCUGCUGACGCUGCUAGAAGAAUGGGCGUUGAAGGGAAGCUGCUUUGGGUUAAUGGCCAAGUAGUGCUGCCCCAAACAGAGCUCAAGGAUGGGGAUAUAGUUGAAGUGAGGGUAUAG